UUAGGAAAGCGCCCCCUCCCAACAGGUCCUAAGUGGUGUUGGAUCUUUGGCUAACUUGUGUUUGCCUGCAUGCUGUCUCCUUGCCAACCGGCUGAGCUCGGCGUUCACUUUUUAAAAGGACUGCUUUUGCCGAGGUUUAUGUGAUUCACCUCUUUCGACAAUCCUCGCAUUUCGAAAGUCCUACUGGAGUUUGCUUCUGUACGACGGGAGGGAGAACAGCAACACGUUGUCUAGGGAGCUGCUUCUCAGGGGUUACCUGGACGGACAGUCGGUACAGGUUUCUUUUCAGAUUCUAAAUUAAUCAAAAGCUGUUUCUUCACUGGGAAAAAGACAACUGAACAACAACUCUGUGUGACUCAAGGACCUGACAUGAACCUGGAGCAGUUGGCUGAGAAAGAACUUUGUAAAGAUGAGGAAGAACAGAAGAUUUUGAGUGGUGCAAGUUUAGUUUCAGUGCUUACUCCAUUUGCUGCAGUCCCUCCCCUAGAUCUCAGAGACCCAUUUUUUGAUGUUGCAAGGCAUGGAAUAGUCCAAAUAGCAGGUGAUGACAAUUAUGGAAGGAAACUGGUUAUUUUUAGCAGUUGUCGAAUGCCUCCUUCCCAUCAGCUUAACCAUCGGAAGUUACUAGAGUACCUGAAGUACACACUGGACCAGUAUGUUGAGAGUGAUUACAUUCUUGUUUACUUUCACUAUGGGCUCCGGAGUAGCAACAAGCCAUCUUUAAGUUGGCUACAGCAGGCCUACAAGGAGUUUGACAGAAAAUACAAGAAAAAUCUCAAAGCCCUUUACGUUGUACACCCAACAAAUUUUAUCCGAAUCCUUUGGAAUAUUUUCAAGCCACUUAUAAGUCAUAAAUUUGGAAAGAAGGUAAUAUAUGUAAAUUACUUAAGUGAACUGAGAGAACAUCUGAACUGCGAUCAGCUCAUCAUUCCUUCUGAAGUAAUUAGGUAUGAUGAAAACCUAAGAGCAUCUCAAAAGGGAGCACCACCUAGACCAGCAAAGACACCCCCACCUCGACCUCCACUUCCCCAGCAACAAUUCGGAGUCAGUCUGCAGUAUCUCCGAGACAAAGGAAAUGGCGAUCUCAUUCCUCUGGUUGUGAGACAGACUGUGCAGUUCCUGAAGCAGAAAGCACUGAAAACUGAAGGUUUAUUCAGACGAUCAGCCAACAUCCAAGUCAUCAAGGAAAUCCAGAAACAGUAUAAUCUGGGAAAACCAAUCGAAUUUGAGGAGUAUGGAGAUGAGCAUGUUCCAGCUGUCAUCUUGAAAACCUUCUUCCGUGAGCUUCCACAGCCACUUCUAACCUCUCAGAUUUACGACCAGGUCCAAAGCAUUGGAAGUGUUGAAAGCAGUCUACGAGUAACUCGAUGCAAACAAAUAAUACAAAAACUUCCAGAACACAACUACAUUGUGGCAAAAUACCUGAUAUGCUUUCUUAACAUGGUAUCGCAGGAAAGUAUCUUUAAUAAAAUGAACCCAUCAAACCUGGCAUGUGUCUUUGGAGUGAACCUGAUCUGGCCCACGAAUGGACCUGCAACGUUGCACUCUCUAACUCCAAUAAACAUGUUUACUGAGUUACUGAUUGAGUACUACAACCAGGUCUUCACCUCUAGGAUUCUGCCUAAUGAGGUGCUGCCAUAAACACUAUUACAAACACUGCAACUCACCUCAAAGUCAACUGAUCUUAAUGGGUACCCAUGCUAUUGAUAGAACAGACAACAGCAGUUGUCUGUCUGUAUUCUGUUACAUAAACCCACAGGGCCUGAUCGAAUGGUUCUCACUUUUUGAUGCUUGAAUUUUGUUUGUCUCUUGCUUCUUCACCAUCUUUGUAUCAGUAAGUGAUAAAAUGAUCAAAUGUUGUUUCAAUUGGCUAGUUAAAAGCCAUUCAAAUCCUCCUCAAAUUAUCUGUAUAAAACAUGAAAACUAAAGCAAAAAAUCAGCAUUUUUGUUUAUUAUGCAGUAAAAUUGUUUAGAAAUGUGGUAGACUUUUGAUAUGCCUGUUACUUUGUCCUUUUGUUGAUCUAGUUUUGCCUUUACAGUAGGGGAGGUGCAUAUUUGUCCUUUGCCUGCUGAACUAUGGGUGUGUAAUGCAAGGAUUAAAACAAGAAAAUGAUAUUUCUUAGUAUUCAACAUUUGUGAAAAAUCUGCAAUUUCUCAUGUGUUGUCCAGAUAGAAUCUUAGUGUGACUUGCACAUAUGCCAUAAAAGUAGUAUUAAUCUUCUGUUGCACAUAGUUGUUAAGGGCUGUGAAAUGAAUGUUUUCCUUUUCAAUAACAUUAAUGUAAAAGAGAAGUACCUAACAAGAGUAAAUAAGGCCAAAUGUAUUUAAUGUCACUCGCAUUUGAGGGCAGAUUGUGGGAAAACUGGCUUCCCAAGGUCAAGGAAUGGUCAUACUAUAUCAUGUCUGCAAUAAAUGUACGGGAACUGGUGAUAGAUCUGUCAAAGAAAAGCAAAAAGCUUCAACACAAAACAUUUCUUCCCCUGUCCUAGUUUUACCUUACGUUCUGCUUGGGAAUCCUCAUUCUGAGUUCUCAGUGAACAUUAAUGCUGAAAUAUGAAGACUUUAAAAUUAAGAUCUUGAAACAUUAGCAGCCGAGGUGAGACCAUUAAGGUUUCUUUCACAUCAGACUGUUCCAGGUGUCAGAGUAAAGACUCUUAACUCCGCACACUGGGUUUGCUCUAGUCUGAGGUGCUGGGUGAAAGGAGACUAGCCCACUUGUGCCACAAAUUGACUAUGUAUUUAAGAGGGAAGGAAGUUUUUUUUUAUUAUCCACUAUGUAUUUAUAUUUUUGUUAAUUUAAUAAAAUGUGACAUUGACUCCA